GUACAGGGCAAAAGAGGUGGGCGGAAUGGUGUGGGAAGGGGUGACAGAGUGGAAGAAGUGGUAGGAAGUGGGGAGUGACAGAAAAGGAGCAACUAGGGGAGAGUACUGAUAACAGGAAUGGAGGGGUAACAGGAUUAGAUCAGGGUGACAGGGAGAGGAAGGGGACCGAGUUGGAGGGGGUGAUAAAGAGAGGCGAUGGGCAGAGGUGUCAGAUUUGGAGGUCUAGAGAUGGCCGACAGAAGAGUGAAUAGGAGGAAUAGGUGAUAUAAAUAAAUGGGGGUGACCAGCGGGGGGGGGUAACAGGAGGGGGCCUAGUAUCUGAGAAAAUAAGGUAGAGGUGGUGACAAGAUGGGAGAGAGUGGCAAGCGAAGAUGGUGUCAGGAGGGUGGAUGGAAAUAGAGAGGAUGAGACCCUAAAGGGCAUGGGGUGGCCUCAGCUUCAGGAGUUUCACGUUCUGAAAGGGAGGUGAGGGCCCGCGGGACCCUGGGUAGUAGUUAGCUAUGGUGCACAGGAAGAAGGUAGGCCCCAAGAAAGAGAGGUCUGGCUCUGGGGUAAAGAGACCAGUCCAGGUGGACAGACGAUGAAGCCAAUGAAGAAGGCAUGCCCUGGCCUUGCAGGUUCCGCCAGUGGCAGCAAGUCCCCACCAGCUACCAGGGCCAAGGCUUUGAGACGGCGAGGGGCCGGGGAGGGUGACAAGCCAGAGGAGGAGGAGGAGGCACAGCCACAGGAGCAGGCAGGGCCAGAAGAGGCUGAAGAGGGUGAGGAAGAGGAGGCUGAGCGGGACCCUGGAGCUGAGGGAACACAUCCAGAGCUGCAGCCCAAUGAUCCUACUCCAGGCCUAACUGAGGACCCUAAGGGGGAUGGGGAGGCAGGCCGCUGGGAGCCCUCACUCAGUCGCAAGACAGCCACAUUCAAGUCUCGGGCCCCGAAGAAGAAAUAUGUGGAGGAGCAUGGCACUGGAAAUGUUGGUGUGGUAGGAGCCCCUGAAGAGCGGGAGCGGACGCCUGAGGACGCCAGUGCCCUGGGUGUGCCUCCUCGGCCACCCACCUCCACUCGGUCCUCCUCUACUGACACGGCCAGUGAGCACUCAGCCGACCUGGAGGACGAGCCCCCUGAGGCUUGUGGUCCAGGCCCCUGGCCCUCUACAGGCACCAGUGAAGGCUAUGACCUGCGGCAACUGAGGUCUCAGCGGGUGCUGGCUCGGCGUGGUGAUGGCCUCUUCCUGCCUGCAGUCGUGCGCCAGGUGCGCCGUAGCCAGGACUUGGGUGUGCAGUUCCCUGGGGACCGUGCCUUGACUUUCUAUGAAGGAGUACCCGGUGGUGGUGUGGACGUUGUUUUGGAUGUCACACCACCUCCAGGUGCACUGAUGGUGGGCACGGCUGUCUGCACUUGUGUGGAACCUGGUGUGGCUGCCUACCGAGAGGGUGUAGUGGUGGAAGUGGCCACUAAACCAGCUGCCUAUAAGGUCCGCCUCAGCCCUGGCCCCAGCUCCCAUGCAGGCCCACCAGGCACACUGCCACAAGCCCAACAGACACUGCACCGUGAGCCUGAGGAGGCUGUCUGGGUUACUCGCUCUAGCCUGCGCCUGCUUCGGCCCCCCUGGGAACCUGGGGCCUUGCUGAGGAAGCACCCUGCAGGCCCAGAGGAGGAGCAGGCAGAGCCUGGGCCCGCUUUGCCUCCUUGUCCUUCUUCCGUGGAGCCCAAGCAACCUGAGGAUGCUGAGGUCUCCAACAUCAGCUUUGGUAGCAACCUGGGGACUCGCUGCGAGGAGGGGGAGGAGAAGCACCCACCAUCCCUGGGCACCCCUGUCCUGCUCCCACUGCCUCCACCCCAGCUCCUGUCACCACCCCCGAAGUCCCCAGCCUUUGGUGGCCCUGGCCGCCCUAGUGAGCAGCCUUCGCCCUGCCAGGAAGGGAGCCAGGGUGGCAGCCGCAGUAGCAGUGUGGCCUCACUGGAGAAGGGAGCUGCACCAGCAGCCCGUGCUCGCACGCCAUUGACAGCCGCCCAGCAGAAGUACAAGAAGGGCGACGUGGUCUGCACGCCCAAUGGCAUCCGAAAGAAGUUCAAUGGCAAGCAGUGGCGCCGGCUGUGCUCUCGGGAUGGCUGCAUGAAGGAGUCCCAGCGGCGCGGGUACUGCUCGCGCCACUUGUCCAUGAGAACCAAAGAGAUGGAGGGCCUGGCAGACAGUGGGCCAGGUGGGACUGGGCGGCCUGCGGGUGUGGCAGCCCGGGAAGGAAGCACUGAGUUUGACUGGGGCGAUGAGACUUCGAGGGACAGUGAGGCCAGCAGUGUGGCAGCCCGGGGAGACUCCCGCCCACGUCUAGUGGCGCCUGCUGACCUGUCACGCUUCGAGUUUGAUGAGUGUGAGGCGGCUGUGAUGUUGGUGUCACUUGGCAGCUCCCGCUCAGGCACACCUUCCUUCUCUCCGGUCUCUACACAGUCGCCCUUCUCUCCAGCCCCCUCUCCCUCACCCUCGCCGCUCUUUGGCUUCCGCCCUGCCAAUUUCAGCCCCAUAAAUGCCUCACCUGUCAUCCAACGCACUGCUGUUCGCAGCCGCCACCUGAGCGCCAGCACCCCUAAGGCAGGCGUGCUGACACCACCAGACCUGGGCCCCCACCCACCGCCACCUGCCCCUCGUGAGCGCCAUUCCUCUGGCAUCCUACCCACCUUCCAGACCAACCUAACCUUUACUGUGCCCAUUAGCCCUGGGCGGAGGAAGACAGAACUGCUGCCCCAUCCAGGGACAUUGGGGGCCUCCGGAGCAGGAGGUGGGGGAGCCGCCCCAGACUUCCCCAAGAGUGACAGCUUAGACUCUGGAGUGGACUCCGUGUCCCACACACCUACCCCCUCCACACCGGCUGGCUUCCGAGCUGUGUCACCGGCUGUGCCCUUCUCUCGCUCCCGCCAGCCUUCACCAUUGCUGCUGUUGCCCCCACCUGCUGGACUCACCUCAGAUCCAGGGCCCUCUGUGCGAAGGGUACCCGCCGUGCAGCGGGACUCACCUGUCAUUGUCCGCAACCCCGAUGUGCCACUGCCUUCCAAAUUCCCUGGAGAGGUGGGCACUGCCGGUGAGGCACGGGCCGGGGGACCUGGACGGAGUUGCCGUGAGACCCCAGUGCCCCCUGGGGUGGCCAGCGGGAAACCUGGCCUGCCUCCACCUCUGCCUGCCCCUGUGCCCAUCACUGUGCCUCCAGCCGCACCGACUGCUGUGGCCCAGCCGAUGCCCACCUUGGGCCUGGCUUCUUCACCCUUCCAGCCCGUGGCCUUUCACCCUUCACCUGCUGCCCUGUUGCCAGUUCUAGUGCCGAGCAGCUAUCCCAGCCACCCUGCCCCCAAGAAGGAAGUCAUCAUGGGCAGGCCCGGAACAGUGUGGACAAAUGUCGAACCUCGUUCUGUGGCUGUGUUCCCCUGGCACUCCUUAGUCCCCUUCCUGGCACCCAGCCAGCCCGACCCCUCUGUGCAGCCUAGUGAGGCCCAGCAACCUGCCAGCCACCCUGUGGCCUCCAACCAGAGCAAAGAACCUGCUGAGUCUGCUGCUGUUGCUCAUGAGCAGCCACCAGGAGGGACGGGGGGUGCUGACCCUGGACGGCCCCCUGGAGCAGUGUGCCCUGAGAGCCCAGGGCCUGGACCUCCACUUACUUUGGGUGGUGUGGAUCCUGGUAAAAGUCUCCCCCCCACCACUGAGGAGGAGGCUCCUGGCCCUCCAGGAGAGCCCCGGCUGGACAGUGAGACCGAGAGUGAUCAUGAUGAUGCCUUCCUCUCCAUCAUGUCUCCUGAGAUUCAGUUGCCUCUGCCACCUGGAAAGCGCCGCACCCAGUCUCUGAGUGCCUUGCCCAAGGAACGAGACUCAUCUUCUGAAAAGGAUGGACGAAGUCCUAACAAGCGGGAGAAGGACCAUAUUCGUCGGCCCAUGAAUGCCUUCAUGAUCUUCAGCAAGCGGCACCGGGCCUUGGUCCACCAGCGGCACCCCAACCAGGACAACCGGACUGUCAGCAAGAUCCUGGGCGAGUGGUGGUACGCCCUGGGGCCCAAAGAGAAGCAGAAAUACCACGACCUGGCCUUCCAGGUGAAAGAGGCCCACUUCAAGGCCCACCCAGAUUGGAAAUGGUGCAACAAGGACCGAAAGAAGUCCAGCUCAGAGGCCAAGCCUGCGAGCCUGGGUCUGGCAGGAGGGCACAAGGAGACGCGGGAACGGAGCAUGUCGGAGACGGGAACUGCUGCUGCCCCUGGGGUGUCUUCUGAGCUCCUGUCUGUUGCUGCCCAGACACUUUUGAGCUCGGACACCAAGGUUCCAGGGAGUGGCCCCUGUGGAGCAGAACGGCUACACGCAGUUGGGGCACCUGGCUCAGCCCGACCCAGAGCCUUCUCCCACAGUGGGGUGCACAGUCUUGAUGGUGGGGAAGUAGACAGCCAAGCACUUCAAGAACUGACCCAGAUGGUUUCUGGCCCCGCAUCAUACUCCGGCCCAAAGCCUUCCCCCCAGUAUGGUGCUCCAGGAUCUUUUGCAGCUCCUGGUGAAGGAGGUACCUUGGCCACUAGUGGGCGGCCUCCACUGUUGCCCUCCCGAGCCUCUCGUUCCCAGCGUGCAGCCAGUGAGGACAUGACCAGUGAUGAGGAGCGGAUGGUCAUCUGUGAGGAAGAAGGGGAUGAUGAUGUCAUUGCUGAUGACAGCUUUGGCACCACCGACAUUGAUCUCAAGUGCAAGGAACGAGUGACUGACAGUGAAAGUGGAGACAGCUCUGGGGAGGACCCAGAGGGUAACAAGGGCUUUGGCCGUAAGGUGUUCUCACCUGUCAUCCGCUCCUCCUUUACCCAUUGCCGUCCAACCCUGGACCCUGAGCCUCCAGGGCCCCCGGAUCCACCUGCAGCCUUCAGCAAAGGCUACGGUCCCACCCCAUCAUCCUCCUCUUCACCUGCUUCCACCUCAGUCUCAGUCUCCACCUCCUUUUCACUGGGCUCUGGAACCUUUAAGACCCAGGAGUCUGGUCAGGGCAGCACAGCGGUGCCACUACGGCCCCCACCCCCUGGAGCCGGGGGCCCAGCAACACCUUCCAAGGCCACUCGGUUUCCUCCUACGGAUUCUGCCACCUUUCGGCGCAAGAGACCUGAAAGUGUUGGUAGCCUUGAAGCACCAGGCCCCUCUGUCAUUGCAGCACCUCCCAGUGGGGGAGGAAACCUUCUGCAGACACUGGUUCUGCCUCCGAGCAAGGAGGAUCGGGAGGGUACACGAGUGCCCUCAGCCCCAGCCCCACCACUGGCUUAUGGGGCUCCCGCAGCCCCUCUGUGCCGCCCUGCUGCCACCAUGGUCACCAAUGUGGUACGGCCUGUCAGCAGCACUCCUGUGCCCAUUGCCUCUAAGCCCUUUCCCACCUCUGGUCGGGCUGAGGCAUCUUCAAAUGACAUAGCAGGUGCCAGGACUGAAAUGGGCACAGGAUCCCGGGUGCCUGGGGGCUCCCCAAUGGGUGUCAGUUUAGUGUAUUCAGAUAAGAAGUCAGCAGCAGCAGCCACCUCGCCAGCUCCACAUUUGGUAGCUGGACCUUUAUUGGGCACUGUGGGGAAGGCACCUGCUACUGUCACCAACUUGCUGGUAGGCACCCCAGGCUAUGGGGCUCCUGCAUCGCCUGCUGUUCAGUUUAUUGCCCAGGGAGCCCCAGGCAGUGCAACCCCUGCAGGCUCAGGAGCAAGUACUGGGAGUGGCCCCAAUGGGCCAGUACCCCUGGGCAUCCUGCAGCCAGGUGCCCUAGGCAAGGCUGGGGGAAUCACACAGGUGCAGUACAUCCUGCCCACACUGCCCCAGCAGCUUCAAGUGGCACCUGCCCCAGCACCAGCCCCUGGGACCAAGGCAGCAGCUCCCAGUGGCCCUGCACCCACCACCAGCAUCCGUUUCACCCUCCCUCCGGGCACCUCGACCAACGGCAAGGUCCUGGCUGCCACUGCACCCACUGCUGGCAUCCCUAUCCUGCAGUCCGUACCCUCAGCCCCACCCCCUAAAGCCCAGUCAGUUUCUCCUGUCCAGGCCACACCUUCAGGUGGCUCAGCCCAGCUGCUGCCUGGGAAGGUGCUAGUCCCCCUGGCUGCCCCUAGCAUGUCAGUUCGAGGUGGAGGGGCUGGUCAGCCACUGCCCCUGGUUAGCUCGCCUUUCUCAGUACCUGUCCAAAAUGGUGCCCAACAACCUAGCAAGAUUAUCCAGCUGACUCCUGUGCCUGUGAGCACACCUAGUGGCCUGGUACCACCCCUGAGCCCAGCUACAAUGCCGGGACCCACAUCACAGCCUCAGAAGGUCCUGUUGCCCUCUUCCACAAGAAUCACCUAUGUACAGUCAGCAGGUGGGCACACUCUGCCUCUAGGCACCAGUUCUGCAUGCAGUCAGACUGGAACAGUGACCUCAUAUGGGCCCACCAGCUCUGUAGCUCUGGGCUUCACAUCUUUGGGGCCCAGUGGUCCUGCCUUUGUACAGCCUCUGCUCUCAGCAGGCCAAGCUCCUUUGCUGGCUCCUGGCCAGGUGGGCGUGUCACCUGUGCCUAGUCCCCAGUUGCCUCCUGCCUGUACAGCCUCUGGAGGUCCUGUCAUAACAGCAUUUUACCCUGGCAGCCCUGCACCCACUUCAGCACCCCUGGGCCCACCUUCCCAAGCUCCGCCAAGCCUGGUCUACACUGUAGCCACCAGUACCACUCCACCUGCUGCUACCAUUCUGCCCAAGGGCCCACCAGCCUCUGCCACUGCCACUCCAGCCCCUACUAGUCCUUUCCCUAGCGCCACAGGCUCCAUGACCUACAGCUUAGUGGCUCCCAAAGCUCAGCGACCCAGCCCAAAAGCUCCCCAGAAAGUAAAGGCAGCCAUUGCCAGCAUUCCUGUGGGGUCUUUUGAAUCGGGUACUACUGGGCGGCCUGGAUCUACACCCCGACAGUCUUCAGACUCUGGCGUAGCCAGAGAGCCUGCUGCCCCAGAAUCAGAACUUGAGGGGCAGCCCACACCCCCAGCUCCCCCACCCCCCACAGAGACCUGGCCUCCCACUGCCCGGAGCAGUCCCCCACCCCCCUUGCCUGCUGAGGAGCGACCUGGCACUAAAGGCCCUGAGACUGCCAGCAAAUUCCCCAGCUCAUCUUCAGACUGGCGAGUUCCUGGGCUGGGCCUGGAGAGUCGUGGGGAGCCUCCUACCCCUCCCAGCCCAGCUCCAGCCACAGGCCCCAGUGGAAGCAGCAGUGGCAGCAGCGAGGGCAGUAGUGGGAGGGCAGCUGGGGACACACCCGAGCGCAAGGAAGUCACUAGUUCUGGCAAGAAGAUGAAGGUGCGGCCCCCACCCCUGAAGAAGACCUUUGACUCUGUGGACAACAGGGUCCUGUCAGAAGUGGACUUUGAAGAGCGGUUUGCUGAGCUGCCGGAGUUUAGACCAGAGGAGGUGCUGCCCUCACCCACCCUGCAGUCUCUGGCCACCUCGCCUCGGGCUAUCCUCGGCUCCUACCGAAAGAAGAGGAAGAAUUCCACGGACCUAGACUCAGCACCUGAAGAUCCCACCUCACCCAAGCGCAAGAUGAGGAGACGUUCGAGCUGCAGCUCAGAGCCCAACACCCCCAAGAGUGCCAAGUGCGAGGGGGACAUCUUCACCUUUGACCGCACAGGUACUGAGACAGAGGAUGUGCUCGGGGAGCUGGAGUAUGAGAAGGUGCCCUACUCAUCACUGCGGCGCACCCUGGACCAACGGCGGGCCCUGGUCAUGCAGCUCUUCCAGGACCAUGGCUUCUUCCCAUCAGCCCAGGCCACAGCAGCCUUCCAGGCCCGCUACGCAGACAUCUUCCCAUCCAAGGUGUGUCUGCAAUUAAAGAUCCGAGAGGUCCGCCAGAAGAUCAUGCAGGCAGCCACUCCCACAGAGCAGCCCCCUGGGGCUGAAGCCCCCCUCCCUGGACCACCCCCUACUGGCAUGGCUGCUACUCCUGUCCCCACUCCCAGCCCUGCUGGGGGCCCUGACCCCACCUCUCCAGGCUCGGACUCUGGCACUGCCCAAGUUGCCCCGCCACUGCCUCCACCCCCAGAGCCUGGGCCUGGACAGCCUGGCUGGGAGGGGGCUCCCCAGCCCUCACCACCUCCCUCUGGCCCUUCCACAGCUGCCACAGGCAGGUGAGGGGCCCUUGUUAAAGACCCCAGGACCCACAGUACCCCCCCCUCAGGAUAUGGACAGUAUAUAGAUGGCAGGAAUUGGGGGCCAGACAGUGGGAUAGUUACCGCCUCCCCAGGAAGCCAUUUGUCCUUUCCAGUUCGGCGCGGAAUGUGGCCUGUUCCCUUGUAUAUAUAUUCCCUCCCUGUGCUGGGGGCAGCAGGGGCAGAUACCCUCCACUGAGCUCUUGUAGAUAACCUGAAGUGUGUGACCUUCAGAGCUUUUCACUUGUACUUUAUGCAGAAUGGCUCCUGUGAGGGCUGCAAGCUGGAGGGUAGUAUGAGCCUUGGGCCACAGGGAGAAGAUGCCUGUGGAGUAGUGGGGAGUUCAUGCACCCCCCUUUUUCCCCAGAGGGGCUGGACUCAGGUUAGUUUGGGGUGGGGGGGUUCCUGCACUUUGCCACAGGCAUGGGGAGGAUUCUCCCCACCCUCUGCCCUCCCAACUUGGGUUGUACUUUCUAAGAAGGUGAUUCCCCCUACCAUUGUCCCCAUUCCCAGAACAAAACAUGUUGAUCAUGUGCAAUAUUUCUUACUGUGCCGAGAAGCCGCAAUGACCGAGAUUAAAGCUGUUUAACACA